UGGGCUGUGUUGACUCGCUCCUCUCUGGAUGCUUUGGAAGAGCUGGUGGACAGCUGAGAGCUGCUAGCUGUCGGCAGAGCUCUGGUGUUUUCAGCCGCCGGCUGUACCUGGGACCUUACCUGCUGACAUCUGGCAACAGUUUUGGAUGGAGCAGUCGUGAUCCUACUAACGAUUUCUUGUGCUGAUUCACUCUUAAUUACCAAAGGCUGGAGAUUUGAUCCUGGUCAAUGUAUGUAGCACUUACCUCAACUCCAACAGAAAUGAAUGCCAACAGUAUGCCUAAACAAGUUGAGGUGAGGAUGCACGAGAGUCACCUGGAGCCCAUUGAGGCCAGGCCUCAGUCCAAAUGUGCCAACAUCUGCUCCAAGAUGUUCAAGAACCUUCUGCUCACACUCACCAUCCUCGGUGUGAUCUUGGGAGCUGUAUCAGGGAUGUUGCUUCGUGUCGCCUCCCCGAUCCACCCAGAUAUUGUCAUGGUGAUUGCUUUUCCCGGAGACAUCCUGAUGAGAAUGCUGAAGAUGUUGAUCCUGCCUCUCAUCAUCUCCAGUUUAAUCACAGGUCUGGCCGGUUUGGAUGCCAAAUCCAGCGGUCGCCUUGGCACCAGAGCUAUGGUCUACUACAUGACCACCACUGUUAUUGCUGCUGUCUUGGGAGUCAUCCUGGUGUUAGUCAUCCACCCUGGCAACCCCAAACUGAAGGAGAAUCUGGGCGAGGGCGAGAAAAACGAUGAAGUGUCCAGCUUAGAUGCCUUCUUUGAUCUGAUCAGGAACUUAUUCCCAGAGAACCUGGUGCAGGCCUGUUUCCAACAGAUCCAGACCGUCACAAAGAAGGUAGAGGUGGUCAUUGAGGAGGAUGUCAAUGCCACCACCAUGGAGGGACUGGUGGCUAACAUUACCAAGGAUCCUCAGUUCAUUGUCAAAAAGUCCCUGCAGUUCAAAAGUGGCAUGAAUGUUCUGGGUCUGAUUGGUUUCUUUAUUGCAUUUGGCAUCUGCAUGGGCAAGAUGGGAGAGAAGGCCAGACUCAUGCUUGAAUUCUUCAGUAUCCUCAAUGAGAUUGUGAUGAAACUUGUCAUCUGUAUCAUGUGGUACUCUCCCUUUGGUAUUGCCUGUCUCAUCUGUGGUAAGAUCAUCUCCAUCAAGGACCUGGAGGUGGUGGGCAGGCAGCUGGGUAUGUACAUGGUUACUGUGAUUAUUGGCCUCAUCAUCCACGGAGCAAUCUUCCUGCCCGCCAUCUACUUUGCUAUUGUCAGAAAAAAUCCCUUCACCUUCUUCCUGGGCAUCUUCCAGGCCUGGAUCACUGCCCUGGGGACAGCCUCCAGUGCUGGUACACUGCCUGUCACCUUCCGUUGUCUGGAGGAGAACUUAGGUAUUGACAAGAGAGUCACUCGUUUUGUGCUCCCAGUCGGUGCCACCAUCAACAUGGAUGGAACUGCUCUGUAUGAGGCGGUUGCAGCCAUCUUCAUCGCCCAAAUGAACGGCAUCAUACUUGACCCUGGUCAGAUUAUCACUGUCAGCCUGACAGCCACCCUGGCCAGUGUUGGAGCGGCCAGUAUUCCCAGUGCCGGCCUGGUGACUAUGCUCUUGAUCCUGACCGCUGUAGGCCUGCCAACCCAAGACAUCAGUCUGCUGGUUGCUGUUGACUGGCUGCUGGAUCGAUUCAGGACAUCGGUGAACGUGGUGGGUGACUCCUACGGUGCAGGCAUCGUGUACCACCUCUCCAAGGCUGAGCUUGAGGAGCUGGACGCACACGCGGCCAAAUCCGACGACAUUGAAAUGAUGACGAAGACCCAGUCUUAUUACGAUGACAUGAAGAACCACCGCGAAAACAAUUCCAACCAGUGCGUCUUAACCUCUACCGCUACCGCUAGCACAACCUCUACCGCUACCCCCACUGCUAACAAUUCUGUCGUAGUAGAUGAAUGCAAGGUAACCUCAGCCACUAACGGCUCUGCUGCGGAGUGCACGCUUGUUGAGGAGGGACCAUGGAAACAUGAAUAAUGGCAGCACAGAGAUCCCCUGCUCCUGGGCUCCACAAGCUUUCCUAUCUGGUGAUAAAAAAAGAGUGAAUGAAAAAAAGUCACACGAACAGAACUACUAAAAUUGUUGUUGUUUUUUUUAAAUGUAGUUUAGUUUUCUUUUUCUUUUCUUUUUUAUUAGUCCCUAUAAAGGUUUUUGUAACUGUCUAUCUGACUGAUAUAUAAUACUAAUUCACUUAACCGUGAAAUGAUAACAGAGGCAUACUUUACCUGUUAGAGUACAUUAUGUCCGCAUAGCAGAUACUUGCACAACAUACUUCAAGGCUUGGGGAGGGAAGGAAGAGAAAAAAUGUUAGAUAAGCUAUUCCUAGCAAUACAUCAGGGUUCUCCAUUUAUAAGAGAAGGUAUUAAGAUGAGAGAAGAAGUGUCUGUGUAACAUGGGAUGCACUGAGAUCAUCUUCCAUCUUUCAUCCGGGCGAUUCAUUAUUCUAAUGCCAGAGGAUGAGUGGGAGUUAAAGCAUUAAUCAUGACAACCAACGUAAUGUUUGAACUGAACCUCCCUGCUUUAUAUCACGGUCAGUACCAUCAACAUGUGUGCAUCAAGCCACUUCUUUUCCUUGUCAGCUCAGUCUCUCAUCUAAGAACAUCACUUUUGAUUCUCAAACUGUCAGAGACUUUAAAAUGCAUCUGACUGCAUUUGCCCUGUAUUACCCUAGCCCUGAGGUCCAGCAAACUGAUGAAGGUAGGAGGCAGGGAGAACAGUAAUGAACAGUAUAACCACACUGAGCCUCAAAACAUAAAAGCACAGUCACAGUGGAAUUAUAAAGCACAAAUCAUACCAUGGACGCCAUUUUUAUCCCCCUUUGGUUUUCCUUUUGUUGUCUACUGUAAAGGAAAGGGACUUUGUUUUCUUUGUGUCACCUGUGGAGUGAGAUAUAAAACUUGUUUGCGUGUGUGUCUGUGUGUGUGUGAGAGAGAGAGAGAGAGAGAGAGAGAGAGAGAGAGAGAGAGAGAGAGAGAGAGAGCUGGGGUUAAGAACAUGACCAAGUCAAUUAUAGGGACCAAACAGGCAGAAAAUCAAUCAACUCACAGAGGCCCUUGAACUGCCUCCAUGACGUCACUCACAACACAUUUUUCAGUUUUCUUACAUUGAUGUCCAUAAACUGGCUGCCACAGCAGCUGGCAUAUACCACAUUUUCCGAGGAAGCCUAAAAGCUAAGAAAACCACUGUCCGAAAUAUGAAACUGUAUACUCUCCCUUCCUCCAAAAAAGAACUUCGAUGCCAAUGAAAUUAAAAGAACAUCUGCGCCAAAAUGAUUAUUGUAAAAGUAAACAAUAAUACAUAAUUGACAAAUCUGAAUAAUUUGUAGCACAAAAAAGAGAUUAUAUAGAGCACAAACAGAGUGACAGAGCACAAUUAAAGCCAGUGUUUACAAUGUUCAUGCACAUUCCAGUCGUUCCGUGUCGACACUGAUCGUGUUCCAAGUUUAAAAUGUAAAUGGUGUUUUCAUUUACAUACAUAAGUACAGCAGAAGACACUCAGGCAUGUUUACUCUUUUACAGAACAAAAAUAAUCCUAAAAUGUUUACUUGCUCACUAUAGAGCUUCAAAACAAUGGCCUCCUAAACAGCACAACUUUUGAAAGCGUUGACUAUGAAAAUGGUGACAGUUAACAGCAAAGGUCUUUGUUGAAAGACAGUCAUUUUAUAAUACGAUAAUAUGCUGGAGAGGGACGUUUCCUAGCACAUACAAGGAAGCAUACACCUAGACUACACUAUUUCAGACAUUCCAGUGAUUGAAUGAUGCUCGAUCCUUCUGCAUACUCUCUGGAAGCACAGACCCAGUUAUUACUGACAGAAACAGAAACAUAAAUAAUAGAAAGAAAAAGAAACACAGGAAGAAGUAGGCUAGUGCAGCGCUCAGCUGUCAGAAGGAUUCUUGGCUUGCACAAACAGAGACAGAUCACUGAUCGCACACUCUUUCGGGAGGCUUACCAGCUUCUUGUUUAGGCAGACCUAAAAGGGUAAACAACAAUAUAUUUUAGCCACCAGAGCUCAAGACUGUUUCUACAAACCCUAGAUGCUGCAGCUGUGUGUCCAUAUUGGUGCAAAUAGUUUUUUUUUAUUUUAAGGAAACUCAGAACAGAUCAAUGGACACUUCACAUGCAUUAUGUCAGAAUGUUGCCAACUAUCAGGUAAUAUGAAUAUAUAUAUAUUCCUCUCAUAGAACCAAAUGGCUUAAAAAAACAACCUGCAAACAGAAACAAAGUUGGACUACUGGCUGUUAAUCUUUUUUGUGAACCUGUUGAAUGAGAGGUGAGACUUCUCUGAUGUGGCUGUGGAUUUGAUUUCUUUAUCAGUAUUGUGUCCUUCUCUCCUGUCUUGUUUCUUUUCAUGUGUGCUUAAUGACAACCUUGCCUUGAAGAUGUUCACUUCAGACGAAUGCCAACAACAAAUGCCAAUUAAAGUAACUUUAGGAAACUUAACAAAACAGCUAGCACAGCACUCUGUCCUUUAGACGUCUUUUACUUUGCUUUUAUUUAGCUUGGCAAACAGACGUGUGCUUUGAUACAAGAUAGAGCACGCUUGGUGUUCUGCAGUACACACCGCACAGACUGACGCACACCAUACACACAAAAAAAAGCGCGCACACACACACACACACACACACACACACACACACACACACACACACAUACAAACACACGCUCGCACACACAUUCAUAUUUUUUUUUGCCAAAUGCACACAUAAAAAGACACACUCUUAAACCUCGAAGGUCACUACAUUUUUAACUGUAAUGAGCAAGCUGCAGAGCACAGCACUGGUGCCCUAAUGGGCCCUUUGAGCCUGAUAUUUUGAGCUUCAGGAAAAGAAAAAUUCUCUCCAGUUAGGAGACAAUGCAGACCAUAGUGUCAUCGAUGGGGAUUGAGUGUUGGACCACUAUUAUGUUCAAACUCACGGUUUUAGAAGCAUGGAUAAAAUAAAAAUGAUUAUUUUUUUGCACCACCAUCUUAAAAGCAUGAUAUUUUGAAGUGCCUCCUUGCACUUUGUGUAUAUAUUGUAGGUAACAGAUGUUUUUUUUUUUUGUUCCUUUUGUUUUCUUUUGGAGGCAUUGAAAUGGUAUAUAGGAAUAUAGUUUCAUUGCUGUGACAUUUUUAAUGUAAUCCUUUAGAAAACAAUUAUAUCAUCUAUGUCCUGAGUAAAAUUAGAUUAGACAAAAUGUAUAGAGAGGAAAUUGUGUAAUAAAUUGCUUGUUUUUUUUUUUAUUCUCUAAUAGCUGUUAACUAGUUGUUUUACUUACCUGUCACACACCAAUAUAUAAAUAUCUUUUUUUUUUAUCUAAUGUAAGCAUUUUGAAUGUUUGUUCCAUGAAGAUAUAAGCAGUGUGCAUUCAUUUUCAUUGUACAUAAAUAAAUAUAUAAUUGUUCUGUUCAGUGGCGAUGCAGAAUUUCCGGAAAUUACAGUGAUCCUGAAGCAAAGACGCUGGUUGCAUGACAAAGAGAAAGAGAGUGAGAAAGAGAGAGAGAGAGAGAAAGAGAGCGAGGGAAGUUUUUGGUUUGAAAAAAGGGGGCCAACAUGAGAUAUAUUGGUGGUGGAAAAUUACUAUGCUAAACAUUCCUGUAAAGAGAGACAAAGCAAAAGGUCACAUUUGUCCUGUAUGUAGGAUAGAGUGAGGAAUCAAACACAGCCUAGUAGUUGAUUUGAGUGAAAGAACAAACAGAUGUAUUCAGAUGCCUGUUAAUAGUAUAAAGCAACAUUCCUCAGGUGACUCAUCUGAAGCAUUUUUUCUUUUCAAUGAAGAAAAGGGGCUUUAGUCUUUGGCACCCUUGUUUACCUGGUGCAAGUGCAUUUAAAGCUGCAAGACAUGGAAUUCUGGAUCUUUUAGAUUUUGCGUUACCCUGUCUACAUGCCACAUAUUCACACAUUUGACCGCUGACGUGCCAUCAAAAUAAUGGAGGUUUAUAGAAAUCCCACUUGGUAAACUGCCUUGACUCCACUUGCCUUUUUUUGCUUUCUUCACAGAAUCUAUAUACACACACUGGAACUUGCUAAGCUAAAUGGUAUUGAUGUAAUGGAAAUUGAUUGACACUGUAUUUUAAAUUAAAGAGCCAGUACAUCUUCAAACUUGUCCUUUUCUACUGCAAUGUGUCUUUUUGACGAAACUCCUAAACAGAGCUGAUAACCUGUCUCACUCCUGCCUACAACGUGCUUUCCUUACUUUUCUAGGCCUUCCCUCUUUGUAAAGCUGUUGUAAUUCUGAUGUAAAGGCAGAGCGUAUGUGUGGGGGAGAUACACUAUUGAGAAAAAAAAGACAAAAAAAGACAUAAAUACUUUCCUCCGUCUAUGGUAUACAUAAAAAAGCUGUUUCUACAUAUCAAUAAGUGUUGUACCUUUGGUGUACAUAUACAAAUAUAACUAAUAAAUGUUGAUUCAUAACUAAA